AUAUCGAAAUGGCCUCGCCUUCCCCUCCCACAGCGCCUUCUCGCUCCGUCUUCCUCGGCGUCGACGUCGGCACCGGCAGCGCUCGUGCAGGUCCUCUUCCGCCAUUCACAUCUUUUCUUUUCUUUUCGAUCUUUCUGUUGCAAUUGAUUCUAAAUUAUAUUGGUUUUGACUCAUUGGAUGCUUCACGACGUGCAUUUUCAAUUGUGCGGUUCUCUUGCGGUUCCUCUGUUUCAUCUGAUAAACACUGAUUCUUUGCUAAUGAAAUUGCCAUUUGGAGCAAGAAACACUUAAACGACGAUUCUUUGACUUCGAAAAAUUUAUCCAACUUGUGAUAUGGUCUAUUUGAUGAGAAAGGAAAACUUCUUGGCUCAUCUAGCAGCCCAAUACAGAUAUGGAAAGAUGGCGACUGUGUUGAGCAAUCCUCUACAGAUAUAUGGCUUGCAGUUUGUGCAGCUAUAAAAGCAGCUUGCUCUCAAGCUAAAGUUGCAUCAACAGAAGUAACGGGACUGGGAUUUGCAGCUACUUGUUCUCUUGUUGCAGUGGAUUCUGACGGAUCACCUGUUUCGGUUUCUUGGAGUGGUGAUUCAAGAAGAAAUGUGAUUGUAUGGAUGGAUCAUAGAGCUGUAGAACAAGCUAACAGGAUCAAUUCCUGUAACUCACCUGUAUUGGAGUACUGUGGUGGAGCUGUUUCACCUGAAAUGGAGCCACCAAAGCUUCUAUGGGUUAAAGAAAGAUUGCCAGAAUCUUGGUCAAUGGUUUUCAGAUGGAUGGACUUGAGUGAUUGGUUGUCAUACAGGGCAACUGGAGAUGAUACUCGCAGUCUGUGCACCACUGUUUGUAAAUGGACAUAUCUCGGUCAUGCACACAUGAAGCAUUUCAACGAUAAAGAUUCCCGAGAUAUGGAAGCUUGUGGGUGGGAUGAUGACUUCUGGGAGGAAAUUGGUUUGGGUGAUCUUGUUGAGGGACAUCAUGCUAAGAUAGGACGAAGUGUUGCUUUCCCUGGCCAUCCUUUGGGUUCUGGCCUUACUCCUACUGCAGCCAAGGAAUUGGGUCUGGUACCAGGAAUUCCUGUUGGGACAUCACUAAUUGAUGCUCAUGCUGGUGGUGUGGGAGUAAUUGAAAGCGUGCCACCAUCAGAAGCUGAAGAACAUGACAAGGAAGCAAUUUGCAGCCGAAUGGUGUUAGUGUGUGGAACUUCUACAUGCCAUAUGGCUGUAUCCCAGAGCAAAUUGUUCAUUCCUGGGGUUUGGGGGCCAUUUUGGUCAGCAAUGGUACCAGAAUAUUGGCUGACUGAAGGUGGACAGAGUGCUACUGGUGCGUUAUUGGAUCAUAUAAUUGAAAACCAUGCUGCUUCUCCACGCCUUGCAAAUCGAGCUGCUUCCCAAAAGAUUUCAGUUUUUGAGCUUUUGAAUAAGAUGUUGGAAACAAUGAUGAUUGAGCAGAACCAAUCCUUUGUUGCUGCCUUGACUGAUGAUGUACAUGUUCUUCCUGACUUCCAUGGGAAUAGAUCUCCCAUUGCAGACCCAAAAGCAAAAGGAGUUAUCUAUGGUUUGACACUUGACACAAGUGACAAACAGUUGGCUCUUCUAUACCUGGCAACUGUGCAGGGUAUUGCAUAUGGCACACGCCACAUUGUUGAGCACUGCAAUGCUCAUGGUCACAAAAUAAACACACUACUUGCAUGUGGUGGCCUUUCAAAGAACCCCAUCUUCAUUCAGGAACAUGCUGAUAUUAUUGGUUGCCCAAUAAUUCUUCCAAGGGAAAGUGAAUCUGUGCUCUUGGGUGCUGCUAUUCUGGGUGCUGUUGCUUCAAGGAAAUAUCAUAGCCUUAGAGAGGCCGUGAAAGCCCUGAAUGCUACUGGCCAGGUCAUUCAUCCGUCUGACGAUCCAAAGGUCAAAAAGUAUCAUGAUACUAAAUACAAGAUCUUCCGUAGCCUUUAUGAACAGCAGCUCUCUUAUCGUUCCAUGAUGGCCCAAGCCUUGGCAUAACUUUGCAGUAUGUUUGGAUUCAAAUUAUCAAUUGCAAUAAGAUGCUUUUUGCUAAACCUCUAUAUGCAUGUGCGGCCUUGAGGACGAGAGAUGUUGGAAUGAAGAAGGAAAUUAUGGCCAGCAUAUUACCAGUUUGAUGAAUAUAUGUUUUCAAGGUUAUGUUUUUUGGUGGUGAGUUCGACAUUGAAAAAUUCAUUUAUGUUGGGGAAAAUAAUCAUCAAUACCGAGGUGAAAAAUUAUUUUAGAAGUUUUAUGUACAGGCUCACUGGCACCUUAUUUUUUACAACGCCUCAUGUCAGAAUCAAAUUGGCAGCUGAUAGCACACUGUAAAAAAUUAGAUCACAUUAUUAUUCUAAGAAAUGUACUUUUUCAGAUUUGAAC